AUGAAAACCACUCCACAACACCGGGGCCCCGGACUAAGCUUAAGAGGUGUCACCCGAACGACCCAGAUGAUGAAUAACAACAGCCCGUCUGAGCAGGUUCUAUCCAGUAUAUAUAAAGAUCGACUAGAACGAAGCGAGAUUAGAGAACCCAAAAUCCCUGAAGAAAAGCCUGCAGGCUCCAAUAUCCCGAGAAACUCAGCCACCACAACAAAACCUUCCGGUAAAUUCCCCCAAAGGCCAAAACUACCCUAUUAUAAGUUAGACAAAUUAGAACCACCAAACCGGGUCUAUCGGGGCCUAUUGACAGAAGUAACCAAGACGCCAAACCAAGCAACAAGUCAUAACUCCUGCGAGAGGUCAAGUCUUUUGAACAAGAUAGGGACAGACAAGGAGAAACAUCACCCGUUAAAUCAAUCCAACAAAUCAACUCAAGCAGAAGAAAAGAUUAAUCGAAAAGCGUGUGUCAGAGAAGAAGUUAGAGCGAGGAAUAGUGGAGAAACCAAAGGCCAAGGUAUCCAUGGGCACUUAGGAUGGAAGCCAAGACACGAUCAACGAAACAACACUGGACGAGUCAGCCCCUCAGGGAAUCCCCAGGAAAGAUUCAAGUCCAUCAAAACCAACCAGAAGGAGGAACUAACAGGGGAUAACGCAACACAAGAUGAAAGGAGGAUUUCAGCCCACCGGAUAGAUUCGAAGCUGUGCCAGGCAAUAGAAGUGACACUCAUGAACGGGACCCCACAAAAGGAUCAACAAGAAUCCAAAAAUCUCAUUGCGGAACGGCUCAUUGAACAAGAGGAUCCCACCCAAGGAAAGAACAGUGUCAGGGGAAAGUCAGAUCCCAAGAAGAAGGACCCACAACAGAUAGGGAAAGAAGAGACCAUAAAUAGGAGGGUUAGGGCGGAGGAUAAAAGAGUGGACUCUAACCCAAACUCAAGCGUCAAGAAGACAAGCAUUGUGAAGGUCAGGAGAGGGGGAACCGAAGAAAAGAGGAGGGUGCAGCGCAGGGGUAGAAGGAAGGGAACCGUCGAAAAAGUCACUAGGGCUGGUCAAAGGGCCGUAAAAAUGGACCGCUGCACAAACGCCAAAGAGGAGAACGAGGAUGACAAAGCCCAGGAGGGCAGAGUGGAAUCAAGACCCCCAGGAGGGAAGAGGAAGUACUUCAAGGCAAGGCCAAGUGAUUACAAUCGAAAGCUUUCCUCCCAGGACGAGGACUUAAAGAGUAGAAGUAACAGAGCCAGAAAUACUCCAGAAAUAAGGGAGGUAGAAGAACCCCCGGGUCAAAGAACCCCAAUGAAGCAGGCGGAAAAGACAGAGGCUGAGGAGGUGAAGAAACCUGCCUUACAAUCCAACCCAAGAAUUAAGGAGGUUAUUGAGAGUCCCAACAGAAACACAGCAGGAAAGAGAAAAUUAGGGAGGCUCGGAAGAAGUUCAAGAGCUUUAGCCAAGGAGCUCCCAGGAAGGAAAAAGGACGUGGCCCACCAGAUUGGCUGA